AUGCGGGCGAAAUUCCUGCAAAUGGCUGAGAUGUUCAGUCGACUCCUUAACCUUUGUUGGGGUCCGGACCCCUUACGACUUCGCUGCCCUACAAUAUGGAGUACUGACCACACCGAGGAACAGGCCCUGAAGCGAAGGACAGGAACGAGCGGAAUCAAUGUGUUCCAAUUUCUGGCCUUGCACCGACCAUCUAAUGGACCAUGGACUAAACGACCACUGCCUGAAAGGACUAUGUCCCGUGGACCGCCGCCCCCCACAAGGUACAUCUCGCGCCUAUGGGCCGCUAUAACUAUCCAAGAAGACACUCGAAACCGGAAGGAUAAACAAACCCACCCGGUGGACUGCCGAGCUACAAGUCCCACGACACGGGAGCGGGAUUCUCUAAAAAUCCAAGGUCGCGGGUGGCCAAGAGGGCCCACUUGGAGACUUGGGAUCUCGAGCAGAAAUGCGAAGGUUGCUAAAAGCCGGCUGAUAGGCGAAAGCGAAUCAACUAGUUUAGUUCGAUCUCGAGUAGGCUUAUAUUGUAAUAGGGAAUACUGUAACCCUGGGAACCGGGGCCUGGACAAAGUCCAGGGUGGCUCAAAGUUUGAUCAAGGAGAUCCCUGUCCUGUGCCCUAUUCACUAAGAUCUUCGAAUUAG